AUUAUUAGAAUUUAUAUUGUUUCCCAAGCCUUUUAAAUAAGUAAAAAAGUUGAUAUUUCUUAUAUGUUUUACACAGUGAGAAACAGCCUGGGGUCAAAUUUACAAAUGUAUAAGUUGUGUACAGGACAUUGGAAAACAUAUCAUCAUGUGAAUUUUAGGUUUUUCCAGUUGUCCCCAAUAAAUAAGGAAAAGUCAUGAAAUAUGUAGCAAAAAAAAUGAUGUCAAUCAUUUGUUUAGAGACGUUAAACAUUGAAUGGGGUCAAAUUGAAAGGUAACAGGAGGGUUAAAGGGGAGAAAAAGGGAAGAAACCUUCGGGAGAGCAACACAGGAGCAUGAGUACAAUAUAUGUGUGCAGAAUGAACAACUUCGCAGUUCCAACACAUGUAAUGCAUACAACAACUACUUAUAGUUUUAUAAUUUCUCACACAAGGCCUCAUCUCAACCCAAAUGAUUGAAAUAAUGUGCAUUAAAAAAACAGGUAAAUUUAAUACGCUCGGAUGUAUAUUGUAUCGCUGUGCCACUUAAUAUAAUGUCUGCAAAUACCCGUGGCAUUUAAUUAUCGCGCGAGCUGUGCUUUCGGCAUUAGAAACACGGAAGCUGAAACACACGAGGAGCAUUUGAAGGCAACGUUAGUUAUUCCGAUGCGUUUGAGGAAUGUCGAAUAUAUAAUCAAACCAAAUGAAUGUGCGAAAGUGAAACCAGGAAACGCACAAAUAUAAACAAACACACACACACACACACAAAAUAAUUCUCAGAUUAGUUGGGGGGAAUGCAGACUGCAUGAUAGGGGCAGCUGCCUUGAGCUGCCUCGAGCUGCCUCGGGACACAAACUCGUGCACCAGCGCUUUCCCCACUCCUUUAAAAACACGUCCACGUUUAGAUUACCGCAGGACGGGACACACUCAUCAGCUGCCGGAAAUCACAUGGAGGUGCUCUCGCGCUCACAUGACCGUCUGAGCGAUGGCAGGAGAGAUCCAUGAAGGCUCAGUUCCUGCCUAUUACAGGGAAGUGUAUGAGGCCAUCCGCUGUAGGACGGAUGAGAGAGUGCAGGUUGAAGUGUUUCAGCGGUUGCUCCAAAGGACCAAUCUCUCCAAGACGGUUGUAGGCCAGAUUGUUCAGCACGUUGACUCCUCGGAUGGGUUCCUGAGCAAGUUGUCCCUCUACAAGGCGCUCGCUCUGAUCGCCCUCGCUCAGCAAGGAAAGCCACCGAGUCCCAAGCUCCUGGAGGUCUGCAUACAAGAGUUACCAAAACCUGAGCUCGGGGAGCCGAGUGAGCUGAAGGCGUUGAGGAUGCAGCCGGCGCAGGAGGACGUCCUCACCAUGUCCCAGACGCUGGACAAGCUGCUGGUCAGAGACUCCGUCCAGGUGGAGCUCAUCCCCGAGAAGAAGGGCUUGUUCCUCAAACACGUGGAGUACCAGGUCACCAGCCAGCGUUAUAAGAUCUCGGUGUACCGGCGCUACAGUGACUUUGAUGUCUUCCACGAGGUUCUGCUGCAGAGGUUUGCCUACAGGGUGGUGCCGGCGCUGCCGCCCAAAAGAAUGCUGAAGGGAGUACUGACCUCCGUCUCCGACCGCGAGUUCAUCGAGGGGAGGAGGCGCGCGCUCGGCAGAUUCAUCAACCUGGUGGCGCGGCAUCCCUUCUUCUCGGCGGACGAGCUGGUCAGGACCUUCCUGACCUUCAGCGGCUCCGAUGUCCAGAACAAGCUGCGCGACGCGUCCAAGAAAACGGGCGAUGAGUUCAUGACCAACAGACUCGCCACCCAGGCCAAGGAAUAUCUCCCCGCUGACAUCCAGGCUCAGUUCUCGGCGAGCAGAGAGCUGAUCAGAAACAUUCACAACAGCUUCCAGAAGCUGCGCGACCGAGCCGAGAAGAUGGCGGAGCGCUCGAAGGAGAACGCCACCGACCUCCUCAUGUUCGGCAGAGAGCUCAGCACCCUGGGCUCCGACGCGUCUCCUCUGCCCUCCUUGGCCUCGUCACAGAGCACCUGGGGGACGCUGCGCCGCUCUCUGAAGAGUCUUUCUGUGGAGUUCGCUGUGCUCUCCGACAAAGCCGCUCAGCAGGGCCGACGGGAAGAGGACGACGUGGUGGAGAAACUGAACGUGUUCCUGGAUUUGCUGCAGUCGUACAGAGAUCUCUGCGAGCGCCAUGAGAAAGGCGUGCUGCACGAGCACCAGAGAGCGCUGCACAAGUACGGCAUGAUGAAGAGGCAGAUGAUGAGCAACACCGUGCAGCCCAAGGAGCAGUCCUCGGUGGAGCAGCUGGAGUCCCGCAUCGUUCAGCAAGAGAACGCCAUCCAGACCAUGGAGCUGCGUAACUACUUCUCCCUGUUCUGCCUGCACCAAGAGACGCAGCUCAUCUUCAUCUACCUCCCGAUCACAUCCCACAUUCUGGGGGCUUUCGUGAACUCCCAGGUCCAAGGGCACCGAGAGAUGGGGGCGGUGUGGAAUGAACUCCAGCCGAAGCUCGGAUGUCUCUUUGGGGCAAAUAACGGAGUGAAGCCUCCCGCCUGAGACGUGGAUCUCAAACUGGAACUAAAUAACUUGCUCUGUGAGCUCAAGGAAAGUCUUCUAUAAUAUACAUUCCAUUCAACCACCAGUAUUUUCUUUUCUAUGUUAUGUAAUCAUAUUUUUGUCGUUUGCUCACCAACCGUGUAACUGGAGAAGACGGUGUGUCUGUUUAACGCCAUGCUGGAUAAGUAUAUAUAUAUAUACAUAUUAUAUAUAUAUUUAUUAAUAUAUAUAUUAAACAGAAUCAGAGAUACCCCUUAUUUCAUAAAGCACCCGUUUCUAACUUGGUCAAAGUUUUAUACACUAAGAUAGUUGAAGAACAUUAAGAGCAACGGCAAGUCUUAGUUUAUUCAAUAUAUUAUGUAGACUUAUGCGUUUUUGAUAGAUUUGAGUUCAUCUGGGUGUGAAGUGUCCUUUGUCAUUUCUUCCACUUCUGCAGUGUUUAUUCUUUUAUGGAGAGCAACAUAUUUGCUUUCUCUGCUUAAAUUGACUCCGUUUUAUUUUAUAAGCUACUUUUUGAAAGGCCGCUGCUCCAAGUAAAAGGGAUUUGCUGAUUAACAAUUACAACUUUUAGCUCCAGUGGCAUAAUAUCAAUAACACUAUAAGCUUUUGAUAUACUACCAAAAAGACAUUAUAUAAACGUACACAGCGGUGUAAUGCAUAAUGUCACCGGCUUCUCCACAGAUUAAAUGUAAACCUUUAAUAAUAACCACCUUCUUAUUUCUUUCAUUUUCACUUGAAGAUCUUUCGCCCGUGUCACUUUAUAGAUGGAGGCUAUUUUUCAAAAAAAUUCUAAUUUAAAUGAAUCCAAUCACGUAUCGAUUGAAAUGGGAUCUGUUAUUGUUGAUUUCCCUUUCUGCUACUCAGACAUCUGGCAUGAAAACAAUCGUGCACAUUCAUGUCUGUCCAUUUCUAGUUCAUCAGAACAUUAUGUAUUUCUCUCAUAAGAAAAUCAAAAAGGGACCCGUUGCCUUUGAGUUUUCGCGUUGCCUCACAAACUGAUGUCGUCUCCAACACACCGAACGCCAACAUGCAAAUCAGGAAAUGUGCACUUUUUUUUUUUAUUUCAUGAAGAAACUGACGCUGUUCAAAUGUUUCUGAAUCGCAUAACUAACGUGCACAGAACAUGAAAUCCAAGAAAAUGAUUACUGUAGAUACUGUAAAUAUUUACAAGUCCUUUCUGAAUUGUGUUAAAUCAAUGAUCCUGAAAAUAAAAUGACCGAAUGGAUAUUUCUUUCAGUGCAA